AUGGUGAAGCUUUCUUUUUCCGCCUCGGCUUUCAUGCUUGCAUCAUUUGCGGCAACUGCUGUCCAAGCAAAACAAGUCAUACUCUACCAGAACGACUUUGAGGCUCCCAAAGCGAGCCUUUCACCUGAUCCUGCGAACCAGUUGCUCGCAACCCCAGGCAACGAUGUCAACACCAACUAUGGUGCCCAAGGUGGCCCCAACCAUGUCAAGACCACCCACGGCGAUGGACAUUUUGGCCAGCAGAACUCGGUGGAGACGCUGGUUGUUCAUUCCACCUACAAGAGCCAGUAUCCAUAUUCCGACCCCGACGGAAGGGCAGGGGACUACAGUAUUGGUAUGCUUGCAGAUUACCCAGCUGCGGCUACGAGUGACUUUCUCUGGCUGGAUUUUACAGCUCCCUCUGGUCAGGACUACUUCAACGUUCAAGUCGACAUUUCCGCAAUUUCUGCAUCCGGUGGCAUGGGCCCAAACACGAAAGUCCCUGUCAUUUACGAUCUGAUCUUGAUCGAUAUGGCGAGUGGCCAGGAAGUGGUAUUGGAAACCAAACGAAUCACUGGGACGACAGCCCCGAAUGACUACACCUUUGCUUGGACCCGCGGACUCGCGUCUUUCAACAAGGGCGAUCGAACCGACCUUCGCAUCAAAUUCGAUGCCAUCCAACCAUCCUACUCUGCUAUUGACAACUUGCUUAUCUAUACAGACGAGGUGGAAGUGACCACCGUCACUCCCCCAGAUACUCCCAUUGCCGCAUCCACCGCUAAGAUGUCUGGAGAUCCUCACGUGCAAGGGUGGGGCGGUCGCAAGUUUGAUUUCCAUGGUGGCUGUGAUCUCGUCCUUCUCAGCCAUCCCGAAUUCGCGAACGGAUUGGGCCUUCAUGUUCACGUUCGGACGAAGAUUCAGACUUGGUGGAGCUACAUUGAAACUGCUGUGGUCCAGAUUGGCGAUCAAAUGAUCGAGAUGAGCGGUGGAUCAAACGAAGACGGAGGGCCCAAUGUUUGGGUCAAUGGCGUGGCUGGUGCUAGGGCGAUUAUCGAGGAUCCAAACCUGAAGGCUCUUGAGGAAGUGCUAGAAGCCCAGCUCGAAGGAUUUCACAUUACCUACCGAAAGCUUGACGCCAAGCAGCACAGGAUCCGCAUCGAUUUCAACCGCGCGGGCGAUGCUAUUAGUCUUCAAACCUACAAGGACUGGGUAGCCGUCAGCGUCAAGGCCAACAAAAAGGAGAAUUUCAAGGGAACCAUGGGUCUCAUGGGACGAUUCCCCAAUGGCGAUCUUGUUGCCAGAGAUGGUGUAUCGGUUAUGGCUGACACGGAUGCCUUUGGAAAAGAAUGGCAGGUGCUGGCGUCUGAGCCCAUGCUUUUCCACUCUAUUGGUAAUGUGCCAGCUUCAAUGGAAUGUGCCAUGCCCUCCGAGAAAGCCACAGAAGAACAGCGAAAGCGCCGUCUUGGUGAAUCUAGCAUCAGUACGAAGGACGCGGAGCAAGCCUGCGCCAGAGUCAGCCCCUACGACCGCGACCAAUGCAUCUUUGAUGUCUUGGCCACCAACGACAUGGACAUGGCGGGAGCCUACUAG